CCUGCAGAGAGCUGCUGUUAUUGUUUACGGUCACACUACUAAAGUAGGUCAUGGAGAGAGGAAGCGUAGCUACCACUCAUUUAGCUCAAGUCUAUUGAUUAUCCAGCAAUAGGUGGCUGUAAGCAACAACGUCUCUGUGGGGCUGUCAGGUUGUUUUCCUUCAGGGCUGGUUGUGAACAACAGGCAGCAGCUGGGCUGAUGCUGUUCUUUGAGCCUCUGGACUGAACCUGAACUGACUGUCAGGCUCUUCUACUGCUGAGUCUCUGUCGCUGCCAUGUCCAGGCGGAGCAGGAACAGUCGUGCAUGGCGUUAUGUUUGGGGUGGGAUACGACGCGAUGCUGAUGCCCGAGCCCUUGAAGAAUGGAGCUAUGACCGCCUAGAGUACAGUGAUUCAGACUCCGAGGCAGACUUUUCAGCAGUUAUGGUCCCUCCAGUCCCCAGUGCCGUGCCAGUCACCGGAGAGUCCUACUGUGGCUGCGACUCCCAGGCUGAGACCAACUACAACCCUCGUCUGCGAGGUUUUCACCAAGUUAAAGACUGCCACUGUGGAGAGGAUGACCAAGAGUUUGACUGGGUUUGGGACACCAACAGCCGAUCAACAGCCACACUACUGAGCUGCGACAAUCGCAAAGUGAACUUCCACUCUGAAUACAGCUGUGGCACAGCAGCAAUACGCGGCUCCAAAGAGCUGGCUGAAGGGCAGCACUUCUGGGAGAUCAAGAUGACGUCCCCAGUGUACGGAACAGACAUGAUGGUCGGCAUCGGGACAUCUGAUGUCAACCUCGACAAAUACAGACACACUUUCUGCAGCCUGUUGGGGAAAGAUUCGGACAGCUGGGGUCUUUCAUACACCGGCUUGUUGCUUCAUAAAGGAGACAAGAUGAACUUCUCCUCUCGAUUCGGACAGGGCUCCAUCAUUGGAAUCCAUCUGGACACAUGGCACGGCACGCUCACGUUCUUCAAAAAUCGCAAGUGUAUAGGUGUUGCUGCCACAGAGCUGCAAAAUAAGAGAUUCUAUCCGAUGGCGUGCUCCACAGCCGCGAAGAGCAGCAUGAAGGUGAUCAGGUCGUGCUCGGCGCCGACCUCUCUGCUCUACCUUUGCUGCGCUCGCCUUCGCCAGCUGCUGCCGGACUGUAUGGACACCCUGGAUGUGUUGCCACUGCCACCAGGCCUUCGCCAGUUGCUCCACAACAAACUGGGUUGGGUGCUUAGUCUCAACGGCGGCACCACAGAAGAAACCUCAGAUGGAGCUGAGCGUCCCUCGCGGUCGCCUGUCCCCCCGUUGGCCGGAGCGCCGUCCUCUGAGAGUGACUCUGAGGGUUGUACGUCCGACCUGGAAGCCUGUCAGAGGAAGAGAUGCCGCUGGACAUGACUGGACAGCUCCACUCCUACCUCCUCUUAAAGGAACACUCCACCAUUUUUUCAUAUUAAAACAUGUUAUUCGGUCAAGUAAGACGAGUUGAUACAGACCUCUUGCGUCUCAAUGCGUGCACUCAAUCGCCCUGGCGCGCGGCGCCACUUGGCUAGCACUUAGCUUAGCCCAGUUCAUUCAUUAGGACCCAAACAGAUGGACAGUUAGAAGCGACCAAACUCCUCCACGUUUUCCCUAUUUAAAUACAGCUACACGAGUAGUUAAACGACCAAGUGUGGCGACACAAAAUAAAACGUGGCGCUUUUCUAAGCGGAUAAAAAGGAUAACUAUAAUGUAUGGCGGAAUAGCACUUGGGAGCACUUCGACUCGGCGCAGUAAUAUCAUCACUCCUGAGGGGAGAAGAUUU